UGGGAGUUGCCGGCGAACUCGGCGGAGCUGAUUGGCCGCCGGCCGUGGCCGAGGCGCCGAGCUGAAGCGCGCGCGCUCGCGCCCGCGUCGGGGAGGAGGAGAAGAUGAGCAGGCUCUCGUUCCGGCCCCGGCCGCUCGACAUCCACAAGAAGCUCCCCAUCGUGAAAUCCGUCAAGGAUUUCGAGGACGAGGACACGCCCACGACGUCCGCCACGCGCAGCUCCCAGCUGUCGCGGCUCUCUUCUAACAUCGACUUCGAUAACCACGUCAGCACCAGCAACGAGGUGAAUCCGGUCCCCAGCAGCAAGAAGGCUGCUUCUGAGAUACCUACUCCUGAGUAUGUGGUUGUCGAUACGUACGAAAGGGAUUACUCGCGCACCUUCAGCCAACCGACGUCUUAUUUGCGUGGAAGGGGAGCGAGGGCUGAGAUUGGAGAAUUUGUUGAGUAUGACUUGGACAAUGAAGAUGAGGACUGGCUUCACGAAUUUAACGAGGAAAGAAAGAUUUUGUCACCGGAAAGGUUCGAAAGUCUUCUCUUCCGCUUUGAGGUAUUGGAUCAUAAGGCUAGGGAAAGAGCUGGAAUCUUAACAACUACAUUAGGUUCAGCAAUUCCCGUGCUCUUGCAACUUGAUGCUGCUACUGAGGCUUUCCAGGCUCAGUCAAUUAAAUAUUCAGUUUUCCAGUCUGUUUUUUCUUAUUGGAAAGAGAAGCGUGAACGGUGGCAAAAACCUGUAUUGCGGCGUCUCCAGCCUCCCCCGCCAGUUAAUGACACCAAUCCUUACAAUGUCUUUAGACCUAGGGAGAAAACCCACAGACUUCACACAAGAAGGAUGCAACGGAGAGAAAAUAAUGUGCAGUCAUUUGAAAAGCUUCGUCAGGUCCGGCGUAACCUUGAACAAGCAAAGAUAAUUAUGGAGGCUUUAAUUAAGAGAGAAGAGACGAAAAGAGAAGCAAUGGAUACGGAAGUAUGCCUCCAGAGGCUUCAGAUGAAAUAUAAGCAUGAAAUGGAGCUAGUGGAUGAUAGCUUGGCUCUCCCUGGAUUUCCACCUGUCUCUUCCAAGUUUGGUUCGACUGAGGAAGAGUUCGUGGACUCUGAUGAAAUUGCUAACUUUCGUCCUCGAUCACGGUCUUCAGCAACACAGAGUCUACCUUAUUCAAACUCCAACUUUGUUUCGGCUCCUCCGGGCAGCAUCAGACAAGAGUCGAGACGGCGACCUGUGCCCAAUACAUGGCUGCAUAAGAUGGAUCCUCUUGAGCCAAUUCUGCUGUUCACAAAACCUUUAGUUCCUGAGAAGUUGGCAGCCGCCGGCAUUGUACCACCGGCCAACUUGUCGAAAAAUUUUACUACCCCACCCGUCAAUAAGUUCCGUGGAAGAGUAGGACGAGGGGGUCGGAUAAUAUUUGACAGGUGGAACCCUCUUUUGCAUUCUCCAAUCGACUUUGGCAACUCUUCUUAUGUACCAUAACUGCAACCUUUCGAUUUGUAGUUAGCACUGAGAUCUGUUAUUAGCAUAAUCACUCCAAAAGUGAUUCAUUCAGAUUGGAAGUGUAUAUCCUGGGUGUAGUGGGACGGAUGAUAGUUUCCAGCAAUGCUCCACUUUGAUUCCUUUGUGCUGCCUUUACCUG